UGUGGCUGGAACUUGGCUCGGUUGCUGUCAUUGCUGCAGGGGUCCGGACGGGUGUGAGGCGAGACGGCAAUGGCAUGACAGACGGCUUGAGGACGGUGGUGGACGGUAAGGUUGUGCUUUUUCGAUCAUGAUUCUGGCGUGAACCUCACCAUCAAGCCAACCAUCUCAAGCCUGGUGUCUUCGAGUCGUGGAUGGUAACAACGAAAGGUAGACUUGCCCAAUAGGAAUUGAUUCUUACGAACCAAGCAUGGUAGCAAGAAGCACAACAUCUGGCGACGGAGGCGCAGGCCUUACUCUCACCAAGUCCGGCGUCAACAACCCCAAUCCAAUCCAACAUGGCGGCAUGGGCCAAGCAGAGCGAGCGUUCAGCGCCGCGUCGACGUUCCUGUCCGGGCUCCUCGCCAUCUCUGCCUCCCAGUUUAUAGGUGCGCCGCUUAAGCUUGUCGACCCUAAGGCCUACGAUGGCUACAUGGCGUGGACUAAGGAGUCCUUUGCCGUGCUAAUGACAACCAUCACGCAAUGGUGGGCGCCGACGGUUGUUAGGGUCAGUGGCGAUGACAGUAUGAAAGGCCAGCUCUUCCAAAUGGACGACGGGACGCUGAAAUGCAACUUCCCGCACCGCAUGGUUCUGAUGGCCAACCAUCAACUCUACACGGAUUGGUUGUACCUUUGGUGGAUCGCGUAUACCAACAAGAUGCACGGUCGCAUCUACAUCAUUCUGAAGGAAAGCAUGAAACAACUACCAAUCUUCGGGUGGGGUGCACAGUUCUAUAACUUCAUCUUUCUCAGCCGUAAGUGGGAGACCGAUCGGUGGCGCUUCAAGUCUGCGUUGAGCCAUCUGAAGAAUCCGGAAGAUCCAAUGUGGCUGCUCAUCUUUCCGGAGGGCACCAAUCUCUCCGCCGUCACCAGGGAGAAAUCAGCCGCGUGGGCGAAAAAGUCUGGUAUUCCGGACAUGAAGAAUCAGCUUCUACCCAGGACGACGGGACUUCAGUUCAUCCUGCAGGAGCUGAAGCAUUCGACAAACUGGCUGUAUGACUGCACGGUAGCAUACGAGGGUGUGCCCAAGGGCGAGUAUGGUCAGGACAUCUUCACACUGCGGUCUUCGUUCUUCGAAGGCCGACCGCCAAAGAGUGUCAACAUGUUUUGGCGUAGAUACAGAAUCAGUGACAUUCCUCUCGACAACGACCAAGCGUUUGGUCGGUGGUUGAUGAACCGGUGGAGGGAGAAGGAUUACAUCCUCGAGUACUACUACAAGUUCAAAAACUUCCCUGCGGAUGAUCCGGUCUCCGCGAUGCAGGCUGUGGAAGGCAAGAAGGAGCCCAAUCACGCCAAGAUGAUCAGCACGGAAGUAAAGGGUGGCGGCUGGGAUGAGUUCCUGAGCAUCUUCGGUCCCAUCACCACUGCAGCAGGUGCAUUGAGCGCAGUUGACAUGACCGAGCCGCUCAAUUUCGACAACCUGUUAGCGAAGGUCGCAGAGCAGCAACAGCUGAAUCUUCUCGAUAUCGGCAAAGCACCGAUCGCGGCAACGAGCCAAGAGGCCAUCCGGAACGCCCUAAGAGCCGCCAACGCCCAUAGUCCCCUGCCGUCAGGAGUUAUGGACAAGCUGUUGCAAGUUGCACCGCAAACACAAGAACAAAUGCAGAAGACUCUCGCAUCCUCCGGCAAUGCCGAAGUAGCGAAGAAAGCGUCCCAGGCGCCCGCGGCGAAGGGCCAGGUAUCCUCCGCAACGCAGCAGAACAUUAUGCGAGUCGCGCAACAAGUUCAGCAGAACAUCGCUCGAGCAGCUCCGCCGGCGCGGAAAGCGAACAGCGUGUCGUCCAUACCAGUGGGAGGCGAAGCAGCGAACACCACGCGGAGAUCUUCUGUUAACCCUGCUGCAAGCAUGCAAAAAGCCAUGCCGAUGGCGAAUAUGCAGGCCAUGGUGACACGUCCACUAAGCACGAUGGCUAUUCAGACCGCCGCGGCAUCGGUCCGGAACGCUGCCGCGCAAAGGACAAGAGAAAAGGGUGCUGCGUUGCCGGGUCAAACGCCCCCUGCGGCGGCGAAGAAGGCACAGUCGGGUGCUUCAGUAUCGAAUGGCGUUAAGAGGCCGGAGGGUAAGGCGAAGCUUUCACCGGAUGCAGAGGCUGCUAUCAAGCAGGCGGUCGCUGCUAAGGCGAACAAAGAGCGCGCGGAGAAGAAGAAGGUACAGCCUUUGACCGCGGCGAAUCUGGCCGCUGCGUCGACCAAGCGGUCGGCGGGUUCAAAACCCAUUGGUACGCAGAAGUAUGUGGAUGGGCGGAAGGUGAAGGCGUGAAACAGAAUGAUUUAGCCGUCAUUUGUAGCGUUCCGUACGUACUUACGCAAAACCUCUGGGCGAGUUUGCUAUCACCUACCUCAUUGCUUACUGCGCCCGGUUUCUCGCCGAGAUCUUUGUUGUUAUCAGUGACAAUGCUGAAGGUGAAGAGGAGUGUCGAUAUUGCAGCCCGGAAACAGAGAUGGCUGCCAACUUUCCCCUUCCUUGCGGAUCUGCAAGCAGUUGCAUGAAGCGAAGGGAGCUACAAGCUUGUAUGGC